UGUCUGCAGAAGCUGUUGCUUCACACUUGCUGCUCAAAAGAAAGUAUGUCUGCCGGUCUCUCUCAGUAUCACUACAGGACCAGUACCUACCCCUUUAUAUCUCCUACAUUUCAAAGCCAUCAGCUAUGGACUCCAUUCUAUCUGCAAAGAAUUACAAUCGACAAUCCAAACUACCACACGUUUCUGUCUCGAUCUAUUACAACAAACCCGCCUCACCUCAAUGCACUGUCUAGAAGAGUCCAGAGAUAUGGGGACAAUGGGUUUUUCCAACAAAAGGACAUACCCGUUGAGCAGAAAUAUGAUGUUACAUCUCUUCAAAGGAGCAGCAUACGUCCAUGGGAUCAAAUAGUUUCAAGGCCAAUAGUGACUCCUUUAGUGAUGUCUAAAGAAUCGGAUCUUCCUUUUCCAGCUGAGCAUCCAUUCACAUCUCAUAUAUCACAAUUCUCUGUGUUUCCUGACACAUGUAAAACCAAUACAGGGCUUCACUUGCGAGAGCCUACACCGCUAGUAAUUGGUACUACUACCUGCAUUGAAACGGAGACGAUAAAUGAUGUUCAAAUUCAAACAAAAGCAGUCGGGACUCAAACAGAUGAGGGUGAGAUGGAAGAUGAAGACAAUUGCAAAAAGCAGAAGGCAUAUCUGAUAAGUGAUAAGUCGUACUGUCAUGCAGCAAGGAAAGAGAUACAUAAUGUCGGUCUAUCAGUUUCAUGCAAGGACAACAGUCACUUGCUGGCUUCACUUAGACCAGGGAUAUAUCGCUGGGAUGUAUCAAGAUCACUCUCUCCUGGACAUCAGCGUUCUAUGACAUACCCAGCACCAACGACUAUGUAUUCUCCUAACAAUCAUCCAGUGAGUUUCCGUUCACUGCCGCUGAGUCCAGGAACACGACAAGCACUAGAAUCAGUCAAUCAUCGAAUCUCGACGUCAACUACUUACGAAAGAGAGUUCUCAUCUCCUCGACCAGUCCCCAAGCCUACACUAAGCACUUUUAACAAGCAGAUGAGUGCCUCUAGCUCAAGAGGGAAGUAUGCACGUGCUCCUGUUUUUCAUCAGCUCUACUCUGAAGACUCUUCCACUCCGAGUCGACCUCAAUCUGGCUCCACUUUAUACACAAGAAAGCUCUCCCUGCCAGAUGGUCAUCAAAGAGAUGCUAAUGAUGCUAAUGUGAGUACAACUGACAAAGCAACACAAACUGAUUUUGAGGAAGGGAAUCUAGACGAAAAGGAAGGAGUAAAUAAUGAAAUGGAAUCUGUAAAAAUCACACAAUUUCAAUUACCAGUGCGUCCAGAAUCUGAAGAUGGCGGCUACCUUAGACCCAGCACUGCUGGCAGCUACUCUACUAGUGGACAGAGCUGCAGUGAUCACCCUAGUACUGAGAGUGUGCUGAAAGUUCCCUAUAAUCGUACAGAAGCACUGCAGAGAUUUAACAUGGUGCAUUAUGAGAGAGCACCAGAUAUUAGAGAAAACUCCAUUCGUAGUGGGAGAAGGCACAUAAUUAAUGGAUACCAUGCAUAUUAUUGGCAUUAAACACUAGUGUACUCUAAUUAGCAAAUUAAAUUUAUACUUAUCCUGAUUAAAUAUUUUCACGAGUUAGAAUUAUUGAUAAUGCCAUAUCAUAGCA